AUGGACAAGCGUAAAAAUAUUCGUAACAUGUCUGUUAUUGCGCACGUCGACCAUGGAAAAUCAACGCUUACCGAUUCGCUUGUUUCAAAGGCUGGAAUUAUUGCUGGAGCAAAAGCUGGGGAGACGCGUUUCACUGAUACUCGCAAAGAUGAACAAGAUCGUUGUAUUACCAUCAAAUCGACGGCCAUUUCGAUGUUCUUCGAGCUUGACAUGAAAGACUUGGAUUUCGUUAAGGGAGACAAUCAAUGCGAAAUUCAACAAGUUGAUGGGGCACCAAAGAAGUACAACGGCUUCCUUAUCAAUCUUAUUGAUUCUCCUGGACACGUUGACUUCUCUAGUGAAGUUACCGCUGCUUUACGUGUUACUGAUGGUGCUUUGGUUGUUGUGGAUUGUGUUUCAGGAGUUUGUGUGCAAACCGAAACUGUGUUACGUCAAGCAAUUGCUGAACGUAUCAAGCCUGUGCUUUUUAUGAACAAGAUGGACCGUGCACUUCUUGAAUUACAACUUGGACAAGAAGAACUUUACCAAACAUUCCAACGUAUUGUGGAGAACAUCAACGUUAUUAUUGCUACAUAUGGAGACGACGACGGGCCGAUGGGACCGAUUCAAGUUGAUCCUUCUAUUGGAAAUGUUGGUUUUGGGUCAGGUCUUCAUGGAUGGGCUUUUACACUCAAACAGUUUGCUGAGAUGUACGCUGACAAGUUUGGAGUUCAGGUCGAUAAGUUGAUGAAGAAUCUGUGGGGCGAUCGCUUCUUCAACCUCAAAACAAAGAAGUGGACCAGCACUCAAGAACCGGACACUAAGCGUGGAUUUUGCCAAUUCGUUUUGGAUCCAAUCUACAAAGUUUUUGAUUGUGUGAUGAACAUUAAGAAGGAGGAGACGACCAAACUUUGCGAAAAGUUGGGAGUUAAGCUUACGGCUGAAGAGAGGGAUUUGGAAGGGAAACCACUUCUUAAGACAAUUAUGCGUAAAUGGCUUCCUGCUGGUGAUACUAUGCUUCAGAUGAUUUGCAUUCAUUUGCCUUCACCUGUCACUGCCCAAAAGUACCGAAUGGAAAUGCUCUAUGAAGGACCUCAUGAUGACGAAGCAGCAAUUGCUUCAAAGGCAUGUGAUCCCAACGGACCUUUGAUGAUGUAUAUCUCAAAAAUGGUACCAACUUCUGAUAAGGGACGUUUCUAUGCUUUCGGUCGUGUUUUCUCUGGAAAAGUAGCAACUGGAAUGAAGGCUCGAAUUCAAGGACCAAACUAUGUUGUUGGCAAGAAGGAGGACCUUUAUGAAAAGACAAUUCAACGGUUUGUUGGUUUUUAUGGUUUUAAAACCGUCUUAAUUUUUAGUACAAUUCUCAUGAUGGGACGUUAUAUUGAACCAAUUGAAGAUAUCCCUGCAGGAAAUAUUGCUGGACUUGUUGGUGUUGAUCAAUAUCUCGUUAAGGGCGGAACAAUUACAACUUACAAGGAUGCUCACAAUUUGCGUGUUAUGAAAUUCUCUGUCUCUCCUGUUGUGCGUGUUGCUGUGGAACCGAAAAAUGCUGGGGAUUUGCCAAAAUUGGUUGAAGGUUUGAAACGUUUGGCUAAAUCUGAUCCUAUGGUGCAAUGCAUUUUUGAGGAGUCUGGAGAGCACAUUAUUGCUGGUGCUGGAGAAUUGCAUUUGGAAAUUUGUUUAAAAGAUUUGGAAGAGGACCACGCUUGCAUUCCAAUCAAAAAGUCUGAUCCAGUUGUGUCAUAUCGUGAAACGGUCACUGAGGAAUCUGAUAUUAUGUGCCUUUCAAAAUCGCCAAACAAACACAACCGUCUCUUCUGCAAAGCAAAACCAAUGGCUACUGGAUUACCUGAAGCAAUUGAGGGUGGAGAAGUCAGCCCAACUGACGAUCCAAAAAAUCGAGCAAGAAUUCUUGCUGAAAAAUAUGAAUUUGAUGCGACUGAUGCUCGUAAAAUUUGGUGUUUUGGACCUGAAGGGACUGGAGCAAACCUUUUGGUCGACGUGACGAAAGGAGUUCAAUAUCUUAACGAAAUAAAGGAUUCGGUUGUAGCAGGAUUCCAAUGGGCAACCAAGGAAGGUGUAAUGUGUGAUGAGAAUAUGCGUGGUGUUCGCUUUGAUAUUCACGAUGUGACUCUUCACGCUGACGCAAUUCACCGUGGUGGUGGUCAAAUCAUUCCAACGGCACGUCGUGUCUUUUAUGCUUCCGUCCUUACUGCAAAACCUCGAAUACAAGAGCCCGUCUAUUUGGUUGAAAUUCAAUGUCCAGAGGCAGCCGUUGGUGGUAUCUAUGGUGUAUUGAACCGUCGCCGUGGUGUUGUCUUUGAGGAAAGUCAAAUUGCCGGAACACCAAUGUUCAUUGUUAAGGCUCAUUUGCCUGUAAAUGAAUCUUUUGGUUUUACUGCUGAUUUGCGUUCAAAUACUGGUGGGCAAGCAUUCCCACAAUGUGUGUUCGACCACUGGCAGAUUUUGCCUGGUGAUCCAUUCGAGAGCACUUCGCGUCCGGCACAAGUUGUGGCAGAAACGAGAAAACGUAAAGGACUUAAGGAAGGAAUCCCGUCGCUUGAUAAUUUCUAUGAUAAACUUUAA